AUGAGAUCCCCUAAGAAGAAACAAGAUGAAGCGAAUCGGCAACAAUGUUCUGGAAUGUACAGCCGGAAAGCUUGGGGAGGGGAACGGGACCCAUUUAUUCUGGCUGUAAUUGAAAAGGGCGAACUAAAGAACCAGGAGGCUGAUCAUCUUGUGCAAAAGGAGCCCAUAUGUGACCAGGAAAACAUCGCAGCCAAACUGUGUACACAGGAAGAGCUAGGUUCAUUCAUCUUGGCUGAGAACGCUACGAAAAUAUCGAAGUCUCCGAUUAUUUCAACGGCCAUCAACCUAAAAGAUCCUAAGCCUAUAAACUAUCCCAUAGCCAAAACGGGAUUUUAUUGUGUUAGCACGUACGCUUUCUCUGGUGAUGACUACGAGGGCGUCGUAACCUUUAGCAAUUCGUACGGAGAGCUCCCAGCUCCCCAAAUUCCAAAGCUCCCAUUUUAUGGAGCUUUAACGAUCGUUUACGCAGUCAUUGGAAUAACCGACAUGAUAUCCGUCACUAUCAUUGUGUUUCUCAUUGUGGAACAACUUAUGACCUGGGGUUUCUAUGACUAUCAAAAUCGACACGGUGCGAACGCUAUAGCCAAAGUGCUUAUGGUCAUUGUUGCUGUACUUAAUGCCGGGCGCAAUUCAUUCUCAUUUUUCUUGCUCCUAAUCGUUUGCAUGGGUUAUGGUGUUGUGAAACCUUCACUUGGCCGCACCAUGGUCUAUGUCCGAUUCCUUGCCAUUGGGACACUUUUUCUUCGGUGUUAUAUACGCUGUGGCAAAAAACAAAACGUGAAAGCUAUGAUGUAUAAGAAGUUAUGGUGGUGCAUCCUUGGCAGCAUUGUUGUUAUUUUCGGUUUCUUUUUUAUCAACUCCUUUGUCUUCGCGAGUCGCAACGUCGCAGACUUUGUUCCGGACCACUGGAAGUCAAGAUGGUUUGUACUGGAUGGUUGGCUCAAUAUUGUCUAUCUGUUCGAUAUUGCUUUUGUUGCAUACCUUUGGAGACCAACCGUGAAUAAUAGACGAUUCGCAAUGAGUGAUGAGAUUGCGCAAGACGAUGAUGGAUUUGAAAUUCGCUCAUUUGGCAGCUCACUUGACGAGGAGAGGGUUGGUAUAACAGGAUCGGAUGAUACCGAAAGAGGUCAUUCUCCUGUUCGACCAAAACCUGCGGAAUCGUCGUCAAACCAAAACAGACACUCACUCGAUGGUGAAACUAUCUUCGCUGUUGGAGAAGACGGAGAUAAGUGGUCAGAUGACGAAUCGCCCCGAAAUUCGACCGAAGGGAAAGGCUUGAUGAAAAAGGACAAUGACUGA